GUGGGGACAGAAGGGCUGGCCAGAACAGGACGCUGCUGUUGCUGUUGCUGUUGCUGUUGCUGCUCCUCUGCUGUUGCUGUACAGGAAGGCAUUCAUUGUAGGGACAACAGAACAGUUGGGACAGUUAGGAGAGCGAAACAGGCCCUUCGAGUAUCUUACUUCUCCAUCUUCAGCCAUGACAGAGAACUCAGACAAAGUUCCUAUCACUAUGGUAGGGCCUGAGGACGUUGAGUUUUGCAGUCCCCCGGCGUACGCCACUGUGACCGUGAAGCCCUCCGGGAGCCCUACACGGCUGCUCAAGGUGGGAGCUGUGGUCCUCAUUUCUGGCGCGGUGCUGCUGCUCUUCGGGGCCAUCGGGGCCUUCUACUUUUGGAAGGGAAAUGACAAUCACAUUUACAAUGUUCAUUACACCAUGAGUAUCAAUGGCAGACUACAAGACGGCUCAGUGGAAGUAGACGCUGCAAACAACUUGGAGACCUUUAAAAUGGGAAGUGGAGCAGAGGAAGCAAUUGAAGUUAAUGAUUUCCAAAAUGGCAUCACUGGGAUCCGUUUUGCUGGAGGAGAGAAGUGCUAUAUCAAAGCACAGGUGAAGGCUCGCAUCCCUGAAGUGGGAACUGUGACCAAGCAGAGCAUCUCUGAACUGGAAGGCAAGAUCAUGCCAGUUAAAUAUGAAGAGAACGCUCUGAUUUGGGUGGCUGUGGACCAGCCUGUGAAGGACAACAGCUUCUUGAGUCCUAAGAUCCUUGAACUCUGCGGUGACCUGCCUAUUUUCUGGCUUAAGCCCAUGUAUCCAAAAGCAAAUUUUGCAGAAAUCCAAAGAGAGAGAAGAGAAGUAGUAAGAAACAGUGCUCCCUCUACCACAAGAAGACCACACAGCGAACCUCGACGCAACGCAGGCCCUGGAAGACUGAGUAAUGGGACCAGACCCAAUGUUCAGGACGACGAAGAACCUUUCAACCCUGACAACCCUUACCACCAGCAGGAAGGAGAAAGCAUGACAUUUGACCCUAGACUGGAUCACGAAGGAAUCUGCUGUAUAGAAUGCAGGCGGAGCUACACCCACUGCCAGAAGAUCUGCGAGCCACUGGGAGGCUACUAUCCAUGGCCUUAUCAUUACCAAGGAUGUCGCUCAGCCUGCAGAGUUGUCAUGCCAUGCAGCUGGUGGGUUGCCCGCAUCUUGGGCAUGGUGUAAAUCCAGUUCAUCUAUCAGGACUGCCAAGCAAGAAUUAACAUGAGAGUUGAGAACCAAAGAAGCAUAGAGCAUGUUCAUGCCAAGGGACCACAAAGUAUUUUAUACUCAACCUGAAUAAUGUUAUUCUAAAUGCUGCCACAGAACCCCUGUUGUGCACCACUGUGUGCAAAUGUACUGAAAGGGUAGUUUGAGUCUACAAUUACUAUCCCUUUACUGUUUGCUUUACCAAUAAAGCCUAUUGCAAGCCUUUAAAAGCUACUUUUGAAAUAAAUAUGAAAAGUUA